AUGAGCCGAUACGACAGCCGCUCCGGCGACCCUGGUUCAUACCGUGACCGCCGAAGUGAUUCGGGGUUCGGUGGGAGUUCGACCUACCGGGCGGCGGCGACGACGACCAGCAGGAGAGACAGUGAUGGGGCGGAGUCACCUCGGAGGUUGGAAUUGGAUGGUUUGACUCCUUUCGAGAAGAACUUCUACGUUGAGUCGCCGUCUGUUGCUGCAAUGUCCGAGGCUGAUGUGGAGGACUAUCGGCGUCGACGAGAAAUAACUGUGGAAGGCAAGGAUGUGCCUAAGCCAGUCAAGAGCUUUAAAGACGUUGGGUUUCCAGACUAUGUUAUGCAAGAGAUCGAAAGGGCAGGCUUUACAGAACCUACCCCAAUUCAGGCUCAGGGUUGGCCUAUGGCUUUGAAGGGCCGUGAUCUCAUUGGUAUUGCAGAAACUGGAUCGGGGAAAACAUUGGCAUAUCUUCUGCCUGCCAUAGUGCACGUAAAUGCCCAACCGAUAUUAGCUCCUGGCGACGGGCCAAUUGUUUUAGUUUUAGCGCCAACUCGUGAACUUGCUGUUCAGAUUCAGCAAGAAGCUACUAAAUUUGGUGCAUCAUCGAGGAUUAAGAAUACAUGCAUUUAUGGUGGUGUUCCAAAGGGACCCCAAGUUCGUGAUCUUCAGAAAGGUGUUGAGAUAGUUAUUGCUACACCUGGAAGGUUGAUUGAUAUGUUGGAAUCUCAUAACACAAAUUUACGAAGGGUUACAUACCUUGUGCUCGAUGAAGCAGAUCGGAUGUUGGACAUGGGUUUUGAACCUCAGAUCCGGAAAAUUAUUAAUCAGAUACGGCCAGAUCGUCAGACUCUUUAUUGGAGUGCAACAUGGCCAAAAGAGGUGGAACAUCUUGCGAGGCAAUUUCUUUUCAAUCCAUACAAAGUGAUUAUAGGUUCGGCUGAUUUGAAGGCGAAUCAUGCUAUCCGUCAACAUGUUGAAAUUGUUUCUGAGAGUCAGAAAUAUAAUAAAUUGGUGAAGUUGCUGGAAGAUAUCAUGGAUGGCAGCCGAAUAUUGAUAUUUAUGGACACAAAAAAAGGAUGUGAUCAAGUCACUCGGCAGCUUCGAAUGGAUGGCUGGCCUGCACUAUCUAUUCAUGGAGACAAGAGUCAAGCAGAAAGAGACUGGGUUCUAUCUGAAUUUAAAGCUGGAAAGAGUCCCAUAAUGACAGCAACAGAUGUAGCUGCUCGAGGCCUAGAUGUGAAGGAUGUAAAAUAUGUCGUCAACUACGACUUUCCUGGAUCUCUUGAGGAUUAUGUUCAUCGGAUUGGACGAACUGGUCGUGCUGGGGCCAAGGGUACAGCAUACACUUUCUUUACCGCUGCCAAUGCGAGAUUUGCCAAGGACCUUAUUAACAUCCUUCAGGAGGCUGGACAGAAAGUUAGCCCAGAGCUGGCCUCCAUGGGACGGGGUGCACCCCCUCCUCCAGCUCAUGGCAGUUUCCGAGACCGGGGUAGAGGCUACAGUGGCGGUCGUUCCUGGAGCUAA